AUGUUUGCUACCAGUUUGGAAGAAUGGCUUUGCUUUACGUCAGAGAUGGAGUCCCCGUUGCCCUGUCUAGAGACUGCGCCCGACAUCCGCCGAAUCCCAUUCGUUCUCGAGAACGACAGAGCGAGCGGUACCGGUACCGGUACAAGUGACGACGGUCAAAAAUACGACGUCGUCCUAUUCUGCCACGGCAUGUAUGGCAUGAGGCCUAAACACAAGUUCAUCAAAGGGGCGCUGGAAAUGCUGGUUGUGCGGCCACAAGGCGGAAUAGUGGGGGUGUUGCAUCGCGACGGAGCUCUGGACCUUGAUGGCUUGUUGUGCUAUCGAAUGGCUUCUUUCCCUACGGGAGUCGUACGCGUGGCGGAUGACAACGAGGAUGCGGAUGUGGACAAGGUUAUCCGAGCCGGGCGGCGAGAGGUGUGCCUCGCCUUGGGCCGCCGCGAGGAAACCCACCCAGACCAUCUCUUGUUCGGCUCACCCGACCUCAUGGUGGCCUUUACCCAACAUGCGACCGCGUUGCCGGAGCUGACAGCACAGGUUCUCAAGCACGGCAUCGGUCUGACCGUUAUCGGCGGGGGUCACAGCAGCCACUGUCGCUUGCCUAACGUUGUCUCGGUCGACAUGGGCGCCUUUGACAAAGUACACAUUCUCCCAUCAGGAGAGGAUGGAGGGGAUUCCGGUUCUGAUUCCACCUCUUUGGUCGUGGCCAAAGGUGGCUGCAAGACGGGGUCAUCCGCAAGAGCAUGGCGGCUGCACGGGCUCCCGUGUGACGCCAUUGUCGGUGCCGUUGUGGUGAGUGUCGAAUCCAGCCAAAUUCUCUGCGUCGGCCGUGUACCAAGCCAACACCAGCCAGCUGGUGCUGCUUGCCCGGAAAAUGAAACCGAUCUGUUAUGGGCGAUGAAAGGUGCUGGGACCAGCUUUGGCAUCGUGCUAAGCGACAACCUCGACGCCCGGCGCAAGCUCAGCGGUUUUGAUAAAUUUGUCGCUCAGAACCUCCUCCGGAACUGUUCGACAGAUGCAUAUCUCUACUGGGACGCUGGCCAGCUGCAUCUUGGUGUGACCAUGUUCGAAGCUUCCACGACUCCGCUCACUUCUGAACACGCACGCCCACACCCGCAGAAACCAUUUGGGGGCCGGAAGAUGAUUUCAAAGCCGUGGACGGCAUCGCUUUGUUUGAGACCGAGCUACAACAAGGACAACAGCAACAGCAACAAUGCUAGGUCGGAUAUAACGGCGUUGGACUACCGGCCCAGUCUCAUCUUCGACAAUGAUACGAUUGGAAAGGAGGCGGCAAAGAGGUUUGCCGAGCAUUACCUGCUUCCCUUCGUCCACGGGGACCUGCAGCGACUGGCCAAUACGGUGCGACUGGUACCCGACUUCCCACGCCCGGGCAUCGAGUUCCGCAACGUGCUAGGCAUCUCCCAGCAGCUCGGUGGGCUGGCCCUGUGA